AACGUUGACGCCCGCCGCGUUCCAUCCCCGUGUAGCCACGUUCGGUUGAGCUCGGAGUAGCCGUGGUGGUAGCGGCACUGGCAGCAGGGGAAGGAGCUGGGGCAGGAGCAGUUCCAGGGUGAUGGGGUCCAGGCCGGGGCUGAGGCUUUGACAGCUGGAGCCGGAGUGAGCGAGCGGGGAGGCAGCCAAGGCCGGGGCGAGCCACAGCGAGGGGAGCGGGGCUGGGAGACCAAGCGGCACCGAAGAGACCCAGGCAGCGGUAGCAGAGCCAGUGGCGGCUUCGCCUCCUCACUGCGGACCAUGUUCGCCAAAGGCAAAGGCUCGGCGGUGCCCUCGGACGGGCAGGCUCGAGAGAAGUUAGCUUUAUACGUCUAUGAAUAUUUGCUGCAUGUAGGAGCGCAGAAAUCAGCACAGACCUUUUUAUCAGAGAUCCGAUGGGAAAAAAAUAUCACACUAGGAGAGCCUCCUGGGUUUCUACAUUCAUGGUGGUGCGUAUUUUGGGACCUUUACUGUGCAGCUCCUGAAAGGCGAGAUACUUGUGAACAUUCAAGUGAAGCAAAAGCCUUUCAUGAUUACAGCGCAGCUGCAGCCCCAAGUCCAGUACUAGGAAACAUUCCUCCUAAUGAUGGAAUGCCAGGCGGUCCCAUCCCUCCAGGUUUCUUUCAGGGACCACCUGGUUCUCAGCCCUCGCCACACGCACAGCCUCCACCUCACAAUCCUAACAGCAUGAUGGGACCCCACAGUCAGCCUUUUAUGUCACCGCGAUAUGCAGGAGGUCCCCGGCCCCCCAUCAGAAUGGGAAACCAGCCUCCAGGGGCUGUUCCUGGUACGCAGCCACUGCUGCCCAAUUCAAUGGACCCUACACGACAACAAGGGCACCCUAACAUGGGAGGACCAAUGCAAAGGAUGAAUCCUCCACGAGGGAUGGGCCCCAUGGGUCCUGGUCCGCAGACUGAUCCUUGGUUAUCAUUGCAGAACUAUGGCGGCGGAAUGAGACCUCCACCCAACUCUUUAGGCCCCGGCAUGCCUGGAAUUAACAUGGGCCCAGGAGCUGGUAGACCAUGGCCUAAUCCCAGCAGUGCUAAUUCAAUUCCAUAUUCCUCUUCAUCGCCUGGUACAUACGUGGGGCCCCCUGGUGGUGGUGGUCCUCCAGGAACACCGAUCAUGCCUAGUCCUGCAGAUUCAACCAAUUCAAGUGACAACAUCUACACAAUGAUUAAUCCAGUACCGCCUGGAGGCAGUCGAUCGAAUUUCCCAAUGGGGCCCGGUUCUGACGGCCCAAUGGGAGGCAUGGGAGGUAUGGAACCACAUCACAUGAAUGGAUCGUUAGGGUCAGGCGACAUAGAUGGACUUCCAAAAAAUUCUCCAAACAACAUAAGUGGCAUUAGCAACCCCCCGGGCACUCCAAGAGAUGAUGGUGAACUGGGAGGUAACUUCCUCCAUUCCUUCCAAAAUGACAAUUAUUCCCCCAGCAUGACGAUGAGUGUGUGAUUUCCCUCCCCCUUCCUCCUCUCCAGGACAAAGAGAGUCAGCUGCCAUUUGGAGGAUCUAAAAGAAAUUAUGCAAGAAGAAGCUAGGUGUAUUGGCAGAGAGACGCGAGGGGGCCAAACCCCAGUUUUAGUUUCAUGCAAUAAAAAGGCUGAACUUUUUAUUCCAUAAAACAUGAAGGACAAAACUUAAAAUAUUUCAAGACGUGACAAGAUCCUUCUUGUGCGGAAGGAUUUAUAUAUGUACAUGACACUUUUUCUUUUUUUUUCUUUUUUUUUUUGGAAACAAAUGGAAGCCUCCAGUACCCAACUCCAACCUCUUUGCUUUGUUCUUUUAAACCUGUUGUAUGUUUGUGCUGUGCAACACCAGGAAGCUAGUCUAGAUAUGAAAUCUCAUGUUGUCCCUGUUGUAGUCCUAUUUUUUUAAAAUAAACUGGACAGUUUACAAUUGGUGGUUUUUGUUUGGAAGGCCUGUUUUGUUUUUCUUGUUUGCAGCACAACUCCUCCUCCACCUCCUCCUCCAGAAGAGACUCCUCCACCUCAUAGAAAGUUGUUAAUGCAGUUGGCCCCUCAUAGGAUCACAUCCUCAAGAAUUAAUUGUGAUCUUAUUAUCUGUGACCGUGGCAUGCACUGUAUUAGUCUUUUUUUCCCCCUCUCAGAAUACAAGGAGAGUUCAGUACUUCCCCAUGCAAGAAUCCUUGAGCUAUUUUUCCCCCCCACCAAAAAAAGAGAGAAAGAAAGGGUUAAUCUGACCUGGGAUUUUGUAACUGUGAUCUCAAGCUAACAUCUUUGUUGAUUUUUGGUUUUGUAUUUUUUUUUUUUAAAAAGAUGUGAUCUUAUCAGGGUUUCGCUGUAUGUGUUUUGGAACUGGAUGGAGAUAUUUUCAAGUAAUUGUUCAAAUGUAUACUUGCUAUUCUGUAGGCUCACUCUGUAACAAACAAAAAAUAAAAACAAAAAUGAAAAAAUUACCUUUUCUUCUUGUGGUAGAGGUGACUACAGAAAAGUAACAAACCAACCAUGUUAAAGUGACACUCGCCAGAGUCUGGGGAUCUAUGUACAUUACACUACCCUGUAGUUGGUCUUUGUUUUAUAAAUCUCCACUUCUGAUCCAUGUAUAUCAUAUUAUGUAAAAUAUUAUCUCCCUGGAUUUCCCUUUGUGCCGAUUAUUGAGAACAUUGUAUCUUGUUUCAGUGUUUUUUCUUACCUUGUAGUCUGGUUCUAAAAUAAGAGAGGGAAAAAAAGUAAUUAUUAUACAUUGUAGUUUGUGUAUGAUAUUUGUUGAAAAUGUUUUAUUAAAGGGAUGUCUUUUUUUCCGCACCCCUUCAUUGAGAUGUUUUUUGGGAACAUUGGCUGGUUUUUAUUAUUCUGACUGCAAGACAUGAGAUGACAAACUUUUUUUAGUGUGUAAUAUGAAUUUUUUUAAAUGUUUGCCUUCUUUUUCCUAGGCAUUUUAAUUGUGCUUUACCUGUAGAAGGUUGGUGGGGGUGGGGUUGAGGGUGGGGAUGGGGGUGGGAAAAGGGUGUCAGUCUCAUAGUUACAGUCAGGUUAAUAUUUAAAAAUAAAAAAAAUCAAAUGAAGAUUUGUUGUAUUGCUGAAACAUCCGUGGUCUCCAGAAUGGGUCAUUUUUUUGUUUUGUUUUUUGUUUUGUUUUUUGAAGUGAGAAAUGACAGACCGGUUUUAAUGUAUUUUAAAAUGGAUAGCUAAAUUAUUGUCUUCAUUGGUAUGGGAUGGUUUUUGAAUGAAACGGUUCUUUUUUCCCCCUCCAUGCUGUAAUAAAUAUAAACAUAAACAUUUGA